AAAGCUGGCAUCCUGGGGAGUCACGUCAAUCAUCCCACAGAACUCGACUUGACUUUUCUUGAACCUUAGGUCAUGCAAUGGGCCAACCAUCUUGCUUUGAAUCGGAGGAUUGAGAAGCGCAUCCUCACCUAGGGCUAACCUUCCUGCCUCGUACUCUCUUUGCAUCCAAUUCUGAAACACCCAACAGUCUUCGAGAGCGUGGUCUACGUAUCUGUCCGUUCGGUCAGCUGCCCCUCAGCCGAAGAAAGGUUCAGAUUUGGUAUCUGGAAAGUAAUGUUUUGAGGAAGCUGUACUCAGUGGAGGUGUAAUUUAAACAUACAAGUAUGUCAACUGAAGUCUGAGUUUGUGCCUUAUAUUAGGCACAUCGUCUGCUGCUGACGAAAGUGAGGUUGCCAAAGAGGCGAUGAUUGUCAAUGCUUAUCCUCCAAGGGAGUCUGCUAGACGAAAGAGCCGUACAAGCAAAUAUGGUACAUGGAGGUCAUGCAAUCUAAUGAACAUAGAAGAACAUGUAGAGGAACUAGCACAGACAAUUACAACAUACAGGACUGAUUAUACCUAUAAGCCAUCCGCCUCUACACGGGAGACUGGUCAACUUAACAAGCUUGGUUUAAUGGAGUAUUGUCUUUAUCCCAAUGGGGAAAAUGAUACCUCCCUGUGUUUUAUCUAUGUGAAGAGAGAUAAGAAAUCAAGGGGCAAGAGUGAAGGGGUUGGUAAAAUGCAGACUGAGGAGGAGGAGCCACCUGCUGCGCAUCCUGGGGCUUAUACCUUCCCACAACAAAUUGCAGAUGCAAAUGCCGAAGUAACAAUUAUAGGCGCAGUACUAGUUGGUGCAUCAUCAAGUACAGCACCACCUAGGCAUUCUUUGGAGGAUGAAGUUGCAUUGAUCGCAAAGAAUAAGCCUACAAGUACUGGGAAAGCACUGGAAUUUCAGGGGGUGGGAGAUGACGAUGCAAAAUUACAGGAUGAUUGGGAGAAAAUAAAAGCACAAAAGCAGACGGAGAUGGAGGCAUACGUUGAAGUUACAUUUGAAGAUGCAGAUGCAAUUGUUGGCUCAUCAUCAAAAACUGUGCCACGCAAAUACUUCUUGGAGGACGGAGUUGUAGUGACUGCAAAGAAUGAGUCUAUAGGUUCGGGAGAUAGUGCAGAGUUCUGGAAUGAUUGGGAGAUAUUAUCAGUAUCUAAACCGACGGAGGAAGAGGAGGAGGAGGAGGAGGAAGACAUGAUGGAAAUGUCUCAACAUCCGCCACCUGUUGCGCCACAGGAGACCUAUACCAUAGGUACAGAAGAUGCAAAUGCCACUGUUGCAGGACUCAACUAUUCUUUGGAGGAUGAGCUCGCAAGUAGUGGAGAAGCAUUAGCGCCCAAGUGUUUGGAACAUGCUCAAGAAUUGUGGGAUGGUUGGAAAGAGUUUUUUGUAGUUGAUCAGAUGGAGAUGGAGGAGGAACAACACAUCACGGAAGCGUCUCCAUAUCCACCAUCAGCUUUUCUUGACGAUGACUACUCUAACCUUGGCUGGUUUUGUUUUGAAGAUAAUAUUGUCACAAUUGACCAUGCGGGCUUCAGUUCUACUAAUUCAGUACCUCGCCAGAUGGAUGUGGCUGCUAAACCUGGACUUUCACCUAUCACAACUGAUUUUCAUCCGCCGCCUCCUCAAGAAGUAUUCCAAGGUUGGAUUAUUCCCCCUCCUGAAGAUCACUUCAACCUUGGCGGGUAUUCUUGUGGAAAUGGUAUGCACGCAUUGGAGUUUACUGUCUUCGACUUCACUAAUACAGUACCUGGUCACUUGGAGAUGGCUGCAAAACUGGCAAAUUCAUUUAGAAUUCCAUUCGCAUUUGCAGAGAAAGAUGGGCCUGUAAAUGCAUCUGCUUUUGAUCCUCUUCCUUUUGAAGGUGCAUUCCAGGGGUGGACUAUUCCCCCAACUGAAGAUCACUUCAGCCUCGGCUUGGACGGUUGUGGAGAUAAUAUGCAUAAGUUGGAGCUUGGAAGCCAGAAUUUCACUGAUGAAGUGCCUAAAGAUGCCUCGCAUCAAUUUAUAAAUGCGUCCUGUCCCCUUGGAGAUGGACAGUAUCAAAUCUGCCGUUGCGGUAUCUAGCAUGAUUUUGGUAAAUUAUAGUGGUCAAAGGCAAAAGAUAACCUAUGAGAGAAAACAGUAGAUGAUGCAAUUUUCUAGUUUCAGUUUUGAAGAAAAUCGA